UCUAUUUGUGAUCCACACUGACAGUGUAGCUUGGUCUCCCGUGGGCCCAAACAGUCAAACCGAUCCUCAGAUCGCCUCCAAAGCCCACCUGCCUCCCCCAGCUCUGUCACCCAGCUCUCCCAGCCCCACAGCCCGUGUGUGGGCUGCUCCAUCGGUGUGUUCCCUCCAUCGGCUUCCUGCUGUGGACCAUGUGUGAGUGUCUGCGUGGAAUAUUCAGAGUCACCUGGACACCUUCCUCCAAUACAGACUCUGACAGAGACCAAGAGGACAGCCAUGUUUUCAGCCAGACCAGAGAUCCAGCCGUAAAAGACAAGAGGCGGUCGCCCCCCUCUAACAGAUCCCCCUCCGCCCCACAACGCAACCCUCACCACAGCGGCUCCACAGACGAACAGGAGAGCCCCGAGAGAGUGGUGCAGAAGGAGAAGCUUCAUGCAGAGCUGAAGCAGGUGUUGAGUCAGAAGAGAAGUCACCUGAGAGAGUCGACCUGCCAGCUGGCCCAACCAGAGAUGGACUCCGAGCCCACAGACGAACAGACAUGUGCAGAGGACGCCUCCCAGUCCGUGGAAAUAGUGGUGGAGGCGGAGGCUGGAGCCAGCGGCUACAGUGUGACUGGUGGAGGACAGCGAGGGAUCUUUGUUAAAGACGUCCUCAGAGACUCACCAGCCGCCAAACACCUCAGUCUACAGGAAGGUGACCAGCUGCUGAGUGCCAAGGUCUACUUCGACAACGUGAAGUAUGAAGACGCUCUGAAGAUCCUUCAGUGUGCCGAGCCAUACAAAGUCAGCUUCCAGCUGAAGAGGAGCAUCCCCAGCGUCGAGGUCUGCGUGCGGCCUCGAGUUCCCAGUGUGGAGGUCAAAGGUCCCAAUGCCAAGACUGCCAAAAUGAGUGUGAAGGGCAGCAAGGCGUUCAAGGCCAAGAAGAAGAGAGGUGGUCGUUUUGGUCUGAAGAGGCUGAAGGAGAAACGCAGAGAGGAGCUGGUGAUCGAGGGAACGCCGCCCAGGCUGGAGAUGAGUGACGUAGAUGUGGAGUUUUCUCUCCCCAAAUUCAAACAGAGGAGGAGCAUGAAGGUCGAAGCAGAAGGAGCCGGAGGAGCAGCAGCCGUGGGGAAGGCAAAGAGGAGGAUCAGGUUUCCCCGCAUGAAAACAAAGGGUUACACUGGAGAAGACGCAGGAGGAAAAGUGGAAACAGGACGCCUCGAGGGACAGGUGAAUAUCUCUUCACCUGCGAUACCUGGAGCUAAAGUGAAAACCAAAGGAAAAGGAAACAAGUUUGGAAUCACCUUUCCUAGGACCAAACACACUAAGUCAGGCUCAACAUCGGAAACUGGAUCUGUGGAGCUGAAGCCUCCGAGUGUGACCAUCCAGCAACCAUCAGUGGAGUUCAGUUUGUCUGGUGAUAAAAAAGUAGACGUGGAGAAGGGAGGAGUUAAGCUUAACGCGCCUGAUGUGGAGUUUGCACUCCCUUCAGGAAAAGCUGAGGCAUCUUUGCCCGCUGUGAAGGGAAAAGCAGAAAUCAAAGUUCCUAAAAUCGACAUCAAAGGAGGAGUUGAUGCAGGGGCAGCUGUUGGAAGAGUUGAUGUAGACAUAGGCAAAGGAGAUGCAAAGCUAAGAAUGCCAAAGUUGAAACUGCCCAAAGUUAGACUCUCACGUCAUUCGGAUGAGAUAGAUGGGGACAUUAAGGUGAAAGCCAAAGGGAUGAAGGUGCCUCACGCUAACAUAAUACCUCCAAAAGUAGAAAUCAAAGGAGGUGGUGAGAUUAAUCUCCCUGAGGCAAAUAUCACCAAACCAAAGAUGGAUGUUGAUCUCUCAGGAAAAGCUGCAUCUAUUAAAAUGCCUUCUGUUGAUAUUUCUUUACCAAAAGUGAAGGGAAAGUCUGACAUGGACGUCUCAAUCCCAGAGUACGAAGGAGCUGGGAAGAUGGCAAUAAAAAUGCCUGCCAUUGACAUCUCUGUGCCUGAUGUUGAUUUUGAAUUGGACACCAGACACAGAAUUCCUGAUGAGGUGGAGGGCACUUUUAAAGGGCCCAAAAUCUCCAUGCCAAAAGUUGAUAUGUCGUUGCCAAAGAUGGGACCAUCCAAUGUGGAUAUUGAAGGUCUAGAAGGUGGAGGGAAAUUCAGUCUACUUUCUAUUGACAUCUCCCCACCAAAGGUGAAAACAGAGGGUGGAGAUGUGGAUAUGGACUAUUAUGUUGGUGGAGAUGGGAAGUUCAAAAUGCCUGAGUUUGACAUAUCCCUCCCAAAAUUUAAGUCACCAGAAGGAGAAGUAAAUAUCAAAGGCGAAGGCUUCAAGUUACCCAAAGUAGACCUGACGCUUCCCAAGGGCAAAGCAGGAAUGACUGAUAUGACUGAUAUUGAAGGGGGAGGAAAAUUUCAGUUACCAUCGUUUGACAUCUCUCUCCCUAAAAUGAAGACAGGUGAGGUGGCGGUUGACAUUGAAGGCCCUGAGGUGAAAGGUGGUAAAUUUGAAAUGCCGACAUGUGAUAUUUCUCUGCCCAAAGGCAAAAUGGAAGGAGACAUUGAAGUAGAAGGACAUGCUGGGAAGGGAGGAAAAUUCAAAAUGCCUGCCUUUGAUGUGUCUCUACCAAAGCUAAAACAACCAGAGGGUCAUGUGAACAUUGAGACACCCAAACUUGAGGGUGGGGGUAAGAUCAAGAUGCCCUCUCUUGAUAUAUCAAUGCCAAAAGGAAAGUUGGAGGGUGACAUUGAAAUAGAGGGUCCAUCUGCAAAAGGAGGAAGGUUCAAAAUGCCCUCACUUGACGUCAGACUCCCUAAGAUGGGGACAACUGGGGCUGAAGUUGACUUACAAGGACCUGAGAUUAAAGGAGGGAAAAUUGAGAUGCCAUCAAUAGAUAUUUCUCUACCAAAAGGUAAAUCCAAGGGUGAGGUAGACAUCGAGGGAAAGGGGGGCAAGUUCAAAAUGCCUUCAUAUAAUAUAAAUCUUCCAAAAAUGAAGUUGUCUAAGGGAGAAGUUGUUUUGGAGGGACCUGAAAUCAAAGGUGGAAAGAUUGAGAUGCCUACUGCCGAUAUCUCUGUUCCCCAAGGAAACGUAGAGGGAGAUUUGGACAUUGGUGGCAGUAAAGUAAAAGGAGGCAAAUUCAACAUGCCCUCUUUAGACAUUUCUCUCCCAAAAAUUAAGCUACCUGAGGGAGACAUGAAGCUAGAAUGUCCUGAACUUCCAAAUGUUGACUGUUCACUCCCCAAGGCAAACGUGGAGGGCAACAUAGAGCUUGAGGGCAGUGAUGGUAGCGGAGCCAAGUUCAAGAUGCCAACUUUUGACAUCUCAUUCCCAAAGAUGAAAACCAAGGAGGGAGAGAUUGAUAUUGAAGGACCUGAAGUCAAAGGAGGAGCAAAGUUCAACAUGCCAUCGCUCGACAUCUCUCCUCCUGCUAUUAAAUCACCAGAGGGGGAGGUAGAGAUCGAUGCUUCUGGAGCUAAAGGAGGAAAGUUUCAGAUGCCUUCUUUAGAUGUAUUACUACCAAAGAUCAAAUCACAGGGAGGUGACAUCGAUAUUGAAUCUCCUGAGUUUAAGGCAGAUUUAGACCUAAAGGGAGGUGAGAUCAAAGGAGGGAAAAUAAACAUGCCUACAGUUGAUAUCACUCUUCCAAAAGGAAAAGCAGAGGGUAAGAUGAAUAUUGAAGGACCUGCAGGGAAAGGAGGCAAGUUUAAGAUGCCUACAUUUGAUGUAUCGCUACCAAAGAUGAAGAUGCCUGAGGGAAAUAUUGGCCUUGAGGGACCCUCGGUUGAUAUCUCUAUUCCAAAGGGAAAAGUAGAGGGUGACAUAGAAACCAAAGGUAAAGGAGGACAUUUUCAUAUUCCCUCAAUUGAUGUUUCUCUCCCUAAAAUAAAAUCAAAGCGAGGUGACAUCAACGUCGAGGGACCAGAAAUUAAAGGUGGGGGAAUUAAAAUGCCAACGAUUGACAUUUCAGCCCCUCAAGGAUCAUUAGAAGGUGAUAUCACUGUCGAGGGUGAAGGAAAAGAAGGCAAAUUCAGCCUGCCGUCAGUAGACAUCACCCUCGCUGCAGUAAAAUUCCCUGAAGGAGAUGUGAAUUUUCAAGGGCCGAAAGUUAAAGGUUGGAAAUAUGAAAUGCCAAAAGUCGACCUCUCGCAUCCUAAAGGAAAAGCACAAGGAGACAUUGAUAUUGACAUUCGCUCUGGAAAAGAUGGGAAUAUUGAAAUACCAUCCUAUCAUACUGGACUUCCUAAAGGAAAAUUCAAAGGUCCUGAGCUUAAGGGAGGACAAAUCAACAUGCCAGACAUUGACCUGUCACUCCCCAAAGGAAAGGCUGACCUCAGUAUUGAGGGGCCUGAGAAAAAAGGAGGAAAAUUGAAAAUGCCAAAAUUUGACGUUUCACUUCCAAAGAUUAACCUGCCAGAGGGCAAUGUCGAACUGGAAGGACCAGAGAUAAAAGGAAAAAUGGAAAUGCCAACUGUUGAUAUUUCACUUCCAAAAGGAAAACUAGCAGGAGAUGUUGACAUUGAAGGGCACGGUGGUAAAGGAGGCAAAUUUCACAUGCCUUCACUUGAUAUCUCUCUUCCUAAAAUCAAAGCAAAGGGAGUUGAAGUCAAAGGUGAUAUGUCACUCCCUAAAAUUAAGUCUCCAGAGGUAGAUAUCAGCCUAGAGGGUCCUGAUGUUAAAGGAUGAAAGUUUAACUUGCCAACUGUUGCCAUUUCACUCCCCAAAGGAAAAGCUGAGGGUGACCUUGAUGUUGAGGGUCCUGAGGUGAAGGGGAGUACAUUUAAAAUGCCAAAAUGUGAAGUUUCUUUACCAAAGGUGAGUCUCCCAGAGGGUGAUGUCAAAAUAAAAAGCCCAGAAAUCAAAGGAGGGAAGAUUGAAAUGCCAGACAUUAAUAUGUCACUCCCCAAAGGAAAAGCUGGAGGAGAAAUUGAAAUUGAAGGACAUGCUGGCAAAGGAAGCAAGUUCCAUAUGCCCUCUGUUGACAUCUCUCUUCCUAAAAUGAAAGCUAAGGGACCAGAGGUAAAUAUUGUAGGCCCUAAAGUUAAAGGUGGAAAGCUAAACAUGCCAUCACUUGAUGUUUCUCUGCCCAAAGUAAAAUCUCCCGAUGUAGAUACCAGCCUUGAGGGUCCUGAUGUCAAAGGAAAGGUCAACAUCCCAACUGUUGACGUUUCACUUCCCAAAGGAAAAGUUGAGGGUGACAUAGAUGUUGAAGGCCUUGAGGUGAAAGGAGGGAAAUUCAAAAUGCCGAAAUUUGAUGUAUCUCUGCCAAAAGUGAGUCUGCCAAAGGUGGAUGCCAAUGUGGAAGGACCAGAUAUGAAAGGAAGAAAUGAAAUGCCAACUCUUAAUAUUUCACUUCCAAAAGGAAAAGCAGAUGUGGAUAUUGACAUUGAUGGGCACAGUGUUAAAGGAGGCAAGUUCCACAUGCCCUCACUUGAUAUAUCUAUUCCUAAAAUGAAAGCAAAGGGAGUUGAUGUUGAUAUUGAAGGACCUGAACUUAAAGGUAACAUUUCACUCCCAAAAGGAAAAGCUGAGGGUGACCUUGAUAUUGAAGGUCCUGAAGUGAAGGAGGGUACAUUUAAAAUGCCAAAAUUUGAUAUCUCGUUGCCAAAAGUGAAUCUCCCAGAGGGUGAUGUCAAAAUAAAAGGCCCAGACAUCAAGGGAGGGAAGAUUGAAAUGCCAGACAUUGACCUGUCACUACCCAAAGGAAAAGCAAAAGGAGAAAUGGACAUUGAAGGACAUGCAGGAGGCAAGUUCCAUAUGCCCUCUGUUGAUAUUUCUCUCCCUAAAUUGAAAGCAAAGGGAGUUGAUGUCAAUAUUGAAAGUCCUGAACUUAAGGGAGGAAAAAUCAACAUGCCAGACAUUGACCUGUCACUCCCCAAAGGAAAUGCUGAUCUCAGUAUUGAGGGUCCUGAGGUAAAAGGAGGCAAAUUCAAAAUGCCCAAAUUUGAUGUUUCACUUCCAAAGAUGAACCUGCUAGAAGGCAAUGUCAAAGCGGAAGGACCAGAGAUGAAGGGCAGAGAGAUCGCAAUGCCAGCUGUUGACAUUUUAGUUCCAGUGGAAAAAGUGGAGGGAGAUAUCAAUAUUGAAGGACCAUCUGGAAAGGGAAAGAUCGAAGUGGCAAAGGUUGACCUAUCUGGUAAAAAAGGUGGUGGGCUCCACAUGCCAACUCUUGACAUAAAUCUCCCCAAAUUUGAUCUUGACCUCAGCCUUCCCUCUGGUAUGAAAGACCAAAGCCUCAAAGUGGACACCAGUGGUCCUGAAGCAUCAGGAGAUUUGAAGAUGAAUCCAGCCAAGUUAAAAGUAAAGGGUGUGGACAUCGAGACAGGUGGUACAGAAGGCCCAGGUGCAUCCCUCAAACUUCCCAAUGUCAAACUACCAACAGUUGACAUCUCAGCUCCAAGGGUGGAUCUAGACUUUGGCCUCACCAAACCUAAAGGUGACGAUGUGGAGGUGGAGCUUCUGAAAGCAGAGGGAGGAAGGCCUUCUUCAGGGGGCAGCUUUGAUCUACCUAAUGUCUCCCUUAAAGUCCCCAGUUUUUCUCUUCCCAGGUUUGGUGGAAAGUCCAAGAGUGGUGAUUUGAUGAUAUCUGGCCCCAAGGGGGAUGUUUCCCUCAGCGCACCACAUGUGGAAGGAGAGAUUAGGGCACCAUCAGUGGAGUUUGAUGGGGAUGGAAAGGUCAAGGUGAAAAAACCUAAAAUCAAAAUGCCCUCAUUUGGUAUAUCCAAAAAGCAUGCAGAUGUAUCUGUGUCUUGUCCUGAUGUGGAUGUUAAAGUAAAGAAAGGGAAAAUUGGCAUUUCUAAACCAGAAGUCAAUGUUGAGAGUCCAGAUGAUAAAUCAAAAUACAAAGUGAAAUUCCCCAAGUUUAAAAUAUCAUCACCAAAAGGUCAACUCUCAGAGGGAGAGGUUGAUGCAAAACUAGAGGGAAAUGUGGAAGGAAAAGGUGGCUUCCAUGCACCUGAUGUCACUAUCAAACUACCAAAGUUCUCCAUGCUAGGAUUUGGCUCUAAAGAAAAAGAUUUAGGUAAGCCAAGUGGUUACCUUGAGUCUAAGGCCAAAGUUAAGAUGCCCUCUGUCGAACUGUCACUACCAGCAGCUAAAACACCAGAUAAUGAGGUUCUCCUUCCCAAAGCAGAGGUUGAUGUCUCAGAGGCUGAUAUCAGAGGUUAUGAGGGAAACCUCAAAAUUCCCAAAAUGCCAACAAUUGAUGUUUCCAUUCCCAAAAUAGACCUAGAUGUGUCCCUGCCAAAAGUAAAGCAUGAUGCAAAGGUUGAUGAACAAGGAGGAAAAUUCAAGAUGCCAGACAUCAAGAUGCCUGACAUUGACUUCUCCCUUCCUAAAGGUAAAACAGGUGAUAUUGAAGGAGGUCAUAUUGGAGUUGAUGCAGAGGGAGGAAAAUUUAAAAUGCCUCACGUAAAAAUGCCAGAUGUUGACAUCUCUCUGCCCAAAGGAAAGAUUGAGGGUCCAGACAUUGAAAUAGAGGGAGGUACUGGAGGAAAGCUCAAAAUGCCUCACAUGAAAAUGCCAGAUGUUGACAUCUCUCUACCUAAAGGAAAGAUUGAGGGUCCAGAGAUGGAGAUCAAAGGAGAAGGUGGAAAAUUCAAGAUGCCACAUCUCAGCAUGCCCUCUGUUGGUAUUUCACUGCCAAAAGGAAAGAUUGAAGGUCCAGAUGUUGAAAUGGAGGGAGGUACUGGAGGAAAAUUCAAAAUGCCUCACAUGAAAAUGCCCAACAUCCACAUCUCUCUGCCAAAAGGAAAGAUCGAAGGUCCAGAUGUUGAAAUGGAGGGAGGUACUGGAGGAAAGUUCAAAAUGCCUCACAUGAAAAAGCCAGAUGUUGACAUCUCUCUACCUAAAGGAAAGAUUGAGGGUCCAGAGAUGGAGAUCAAAGGAGAAGGUGGAAAAUUCAAGAUGCCACAUCUCAGCAUGCCCUCUGUUGAUAUUUCACUGCCAAAAGGAAAGAUUGAAGGUCCAGAUGUUGAAAUGGAGGGAGGUACUGGAGGAAAAUUCAAAAUGCCUCACAUGAAAAUGCCCAACAUGGACAUCUCUCUGCCCAAAGGAAAGAUCGAAGGUCCAGAUGUUGAAAUGGAGGGAAGUACUGGAGGAAAGUUCAAAAUGCCUCACAUGAAAAUGCCAGAUGUUGACAUCUCUCUGCCUAAAGGAAAGAUUGAGGGUCCAGAGAUGGAGAUCAAAGGAGAAGGUGGAAAAUUCAAGAUGCCACAUCUCAGCAUGCCCUCUGUUGGUAUUUCACUGCCAAAAGGAAAGAUUGAAGGUCCAGAUGUUGAAAUAGAGGGUGGUACUGGAGGAAAAUUCAAAAUGCCUCACAUGAAAAUGCCCAACAUGGACAUCUCUCUGCCCAAAGGAAAGAUUGAAGGUCCAGAUGUUGAAAUGGAGGGAGGUACCGGAGGGAAGUUCAAAAUGCCUCACAUGAAAAUGCCAGAUGUUGACAUCUCUCUACCUAAAGGAAAGAUUGAGGGUCCAGACAUUGAAAUGGAGGGAGGUACUGGAGGAAAAUUCAAAAUGCCUCACAUGAAAAUGCCCAACAUCGACAUCUCUCUGCCACAAGGAAAGAUUGAAGGUCCAGAUGUUGAAAUGGAGGGAAGUACUGGAGGAAAGUUCAAAAUGCCUCACAUGAAAAUGCCCAACGUGGACAUCUCUCUGCCCAAAGGAAAGAUUGAAGGUCCAGAUGUUGAAAUGGAGGGAGGUACUGGAGGGAAGUUCAAAAUGCCUCACAUGAAAAUGCCAGAUGUUGACAUCUCUCUACCUAAAGGAAAGAUUGAGGGUCCAGAGAUGGAGAUCAAAGGAGAAGGUGGGAAAUUCAAGAUGCCACAUCUCAGCAUGCCCUCUGUUGGUAUUUCACUGCCAAAAGGAAAGAUUGAAGGUCCAGACAUUGAAAUGGAGGGAGGUACUGGAGGAAAAUUCAAAAUGCCUCACAUGAAAAUGCCCAACAUGGACAUCUCUCUGCCCAAAGGAAAGAUCGAAGGUCCAGAUGUUGAAAUGGAGGGAAGUACUGGAGGAAAGUUCAAAAUGCCUCACAUGAAAAUGCCAGAUGUUGACAUCUCUCUGCCUAAAGGAAAGAUUGAGGGUCCAGACAUUGAAAUGGAGGGAGGUACUGGAGGAAAAUUCAAAAUGCCUCACAUGAAAAUGCCCAACAUGGACAUCUCUCUGCCCAAAGGAAAGAUUGAAGGUCCAGAUGUUGAAAUGGAGGGAAGUACUGGAGGAAAGUUCAAAAUGCCUCACAUGAAAAUGCCCAACGUGGACAUCUCUCUGCCCAAAGGAAAGAUUGAAGGUCCAGAUGUUGAAAUGGAGGGAGGUACUGGAGGGAAGUUCAAAAUGCCUCACAUGAAAAUGCCAGAUGUUGACAUCUCUCUACCUAAAGGAAAGAUUGAGGGUCCAGACAUUGAAAUGGAGGGAGGUACUGGAGGAAAAUUCAAAAUGCCUCACAUGAAAAUGCCCAACAUCGACAUCUCUCUGCCCAAAGGAAAGAUUGAAGGUCCAGAUGUUGAAAUGGAGGGAAGUACUGGAGGAAAGUUCAAAAUGCCUCACAUGAAAAUGCCAGAUGUUGACAUCUCUCUACCUAAAGGAAAGAUUGAGGGUCCAGAGAUGGAGAUCAAAGGAGAAGGUGGGAAAUUCAAGAUGCCACAUCUCAGUAUGCCCUCUGUUGGUAUUUCACUGCCAAAAGGAAAGAUUGAAGGUCCAGAUGUUGAAAUGGAGGGAGGUACUGGAGGAAAAUUCAAAAUGCCUCACAUGAAAAUGCCCAACGUGGACAUCUCUCUGCCCAAAGGAAAGAUUGAAGGUCCAGAUGUUGAAAUGGAGGGAGGUACUGGAGGGAAGUUCAAAAUGCCUCACAUGAAAAUGCCCAACAUCGACAUCUCUCUGCCCAAAGGAAAGAUUGAAGGUCCAGACAUUGAAAUGGAGGGAGGUACUGGAGGAAAAUUCAAAAUGCCUCACAUGAAAAUGCCCAACAUGGACAUCUCUCUGCCCAAAGGAAAGACUGAAGGUCCAGAUGUUGAAAUGAAGGGAGGUACUGGAGGGAAGUUCAAAAUGCCUCACAUGAAAAUGCCAGAUGUUGACAUCUCUCUACCUAAAGGAAAGAUUGAGGGUCCAGAGAUGGAGAUCAAAGGAGAAGGUGGGAAAUUCAAGAUGCCACAUCUCAGCAUGCCCUCUGUUGAUAUUUCACUGCCAAAAGGAAAGAUUGAAGGUCCAGACAUUGAAAUGGAGGGAGGUACUGGAGGAAAAUUCAAAAUGCCUCACAUGAAAAUGCCCAACAUCGACAUCUCUCUGCCCAAAGGAAAGAUUGAAGAUCCAGAUGUUGAAAUGAAGGGAGGUACCGGAGGGAAGUUCAAAAUGCCUCACAUGAAAAUGCCAGAUGUUGACAUCUCUCUGCCCAAAGGAAAGAUUGAAAGCCCAGACGUUGAAAUAGAGGGAGGUGCAGGAAGAAAAUUCAAAAUGCCUCAUAUGAAAAUGCCAGAUGUUGACAUCGCUCUUUCCAAAGGAAAAUCUGGCAAAAUUGAAGGAGCGGAGUUUGAGAUUGAGGUAGGCAAAUCUACAAUGCCACACAUUACAAUGCCGUCAGUAGACAUUUCACUGCCAAAAGGAAAGACUGAAGGUCCCAAAGUUGAAAUUAAGGGUGAGGGAGGAAAGUUCAAGAUGCCAAAAGUGGACAUAUCUCUUCCAAAAGGAAAACCUUCAAUUGAAGGUCCAGAGGUAGAUAUUAAGGGAGAUGGGGGACAGUUCAAAAUGCCUAAUGUGGGCAUAUCUAUCCCCAAAGGAAAAGAAAGUAUUGACAUACCAGAGGAGAAAAUGGCAGCAGAUGGAGGAACCAUCCAACUGCCACAUGUCAAGAUGCCCAAAGUUGAUAUUUCACUUCCUAAAGGUAAAAGUAAAGAUAUUGAAGCAACUGCUAUAGAGAUGGAAUUCACAGGAGGAAAGUUCAAAGGUCCACAUGUUAAACUUCCAAAGGGGGGUAUGUCAGUGCUGAAGGAUAAAUCAGGUGAAGCAGAGAUCAACUUACCAACAGUUGAGGCAGGAGGGAAAGUUAAAGUGCCACAGGUCACAUCACCAGAUCUGGACAUCGAUGUGAGACUUGGUAAACCUAAACAAGACACAGAGGCUCAUGGGGAAGCUGAUUUGCAUGUUGAGGGAGAGCACAAAGGUCUGAAACUCAAGAUGCCAACAAUAGAUAUCAAAGGUCCAAAAGGAGACCUGGAGCUUGAUAUAGGACUUCAUAGAGGAGAGGGCAAUAAGGACAGGAAAAAAAUUGAACUGCCUGACUUGGACCUCAACACAACAGGUAGCAGCAGCAAAGUAAAGGGGCCUAAAGUCAAAGGAACAAAAUUCAAGAUUGGAAUGCCAAAAAAGAAAACUGGCAGAGAUGUAACAGCAGAAGCAAAAAUAUGCAAAAACUGUGGGGAUGAAGGGAUAGGUGGUAAAGCCAAACACAGAUGCAGGGGUAAAGAAAGCUUUGAAUAUGAUGUUAAACUUGAAACUCCCAAUGGACAUAAAGAGAACAAAGAUCGUAUUAACAUCCCAGUGCCAGAGGUUACAUUACCAACCAAACAAGGCUCAGCGGAACUAGGAACAGGGGGAGAGGGUAGCCUCUCGUCACCCAGAGCAGAUAUCAAAGUCCCCACGAUUCCAGACAUAGAGUUUGAUAUUGCUACAUCACAUGAUGAAGAUGAGGACAAAACAGAAAAAGGCAAGGAAAUCAAAAUCCCAAAGUUUGGUGUCCCAUUACCCUUCAUGUCCUCUCCUGAGGGAAAGAUGAAUAUCUUUGGGCCAGAAAUUCAGUAUGAGGGCCCUAAAAUGCCCAAAGUAAAGAAAGCUGUCUUUGUCUUGGUAAAUCCUCCUCAAACAGGUGAGCAUGCUGCAUGCACAGGCCUCCUAGAAAAGGAGACAACACCUAAGGCUGAAAAACAGGAUGUCAAAGUGAAGAUGCCCAAAAUCAAAAUGAAGCCAAGCUUUGGGAAGUCCAAAGAUAAAGCAGCCGCUGUGUCAUUUUCUCCUGGCAAAUCAGGGUCGUUUGAUGUCAAUCUAAGGGGCAAAAGUUCAGGUUCAAGUCUAAACGGUGAAAAAGAUGCAUGUCCUCACAAGGCCUCCAAUGACGAUAAAGGGACUUUCAGUGGAAAAAUUAAACUUCCAAAGGUGGAGUUAACCUCUCCAUAUGGCAAGAUGGCUGCAGAGGGGGAGGACACUGAAAUGAGUUUGAAACUGGGAAAGGAUUCAUCACCAGGAGAAGUGGAGGGAGACACUGAAGGGCUUGAAGUACAAUCAGGCAAGAUGGCCUUCGCUGGUUUUAGUGAGGAGCUCUCGAAGGAUGUGGUGUCAUCUCAUGCCAGAACAGAUAUGCUGGACAGAGACAGCUCAGAGUCCCCUGCUAGUUUUACCAUGGAGUUCAGCUCAGCAAAGGUCCAGUCUUGGAGCGAGGUCGAGAGCCACAGCAGAGAGUCUGAAGAAAGAGAGUCUUCCCCCUGGUUCAAGGUCCCAAAGUUCACCCUGAAGCCACACUCCACAGGGUUCCUUCAGAUAACCCCAGAGGGUUCUCCUCAGGCCCAGCGGAAGGGGGAGAUGGGAGGUGAGGCCGACGUAUCAGGGUCUUUCUGCCUCCACACCUCAGGGCUUGACUUCACCACCCAGGACAUAUCCGAAGAGAAUCAAGUAUCCUCCACCGAGGAUGGAACUGUCACUAUGGUGACUAAGACCACCAGGAUCACCCGGCACAUGGUUACCAGUGAAACGCGAACAGGUGAAUCUUCAGCAACCACGACAACAACUCACCAGGUGUCGGACUUCAAACACUGAGGAUGCUGUAAUAAUAUCUUAAAUGUCUUUAAAUUUUCUUGUUUUUCUUUGGUGAGGUUGCAGUGUUCUUGUAUGCUAAGCCUGCAACGUGGCAAACUACAAUUAAGUAAAAGUCUUUAUUUUAUAUUUUAAUAGGAGAGGUUAAAGCAACAGAGUAAUAUAUAUGCUUCCUUUUUUCAUUUUAAAUGUGACUAUUUUUUGUUACUGUUCUUCGACUUUUGUUAGUUUAGUCCUAAUUAUUUAUCAGAUUUUGUUUGGUUUUAAAGUUUUCCCUCUGAAUGUAAACAUGUCACAUUGCUUUAUUAUUUAUUGUUGUUUGUGUGUUCAAAAUGUGCUGGAAUAAGUCAUUUAUCCGCAUCAGCAUCAUGGAUUUGCCCAUAAUAAGUUCAUUUUGGGCCAGUGCAGGCCAGAGUAAUAUUCAUGUAAAUACAACUAUAUCAUUGUUUUUUUUUUUUUGGUUUUUUUGAAGCAGUAUCCCUUCAAUCCGAAAUGUAAUUAUUUUCAUAUUCACCAGAGUCAGGAGAGGAAGUUAUAUUUUUUGACCUGAUAAGCUAUUUUGUUUGUCUUGAAGGAAAAGUGUGAGCUUUUUGAAAUUUAGGCUAUUCUCAUUUUUCUGCCAUAGUUUUAUAUUUUAAGCUUUUAGCUGGUGCUGUUAUCCAGAAAUAGUCACAGUGAGUAAGCAGUACACUCUGGACUCUUUCUUUCUGCUGUGGGGCUCAAACCUGUGACCUUUUGGUUACAGGUUGCUCUCGAACAUUUACUGUAGGCCACCCUGCUGCUAAUCUAUUUAUAUUUAUGUUUUACACUGUACACUGCCAGAAAAAGACGCCACUGUAUAUUUUGUGAUUGAGACUUUAGCUUCAAGAUAGACCUUCUGGCUGAUGCUGAUUUCUCGAAACUCAGCUGUGAACUACGUUGAGUUUCAAAACAAAUCGACAGCAAACUAGGAAGAAAAUGUGGGGUUUUAGGGAUGCUGUUGGGUGCUUUAACAAAAUCAGUGAGAGGAGUUUUAAAGGUAAAACUGUAACUCCUUUUUUUCUCUUGACACUUAAAAAGUAGCUCUCUAAAAAUGAUGUUACUAUCAGGCUGCUACAAUGACAGACUGGCUAAGGAGUGGCAAGCCUCGAUGUUGUACAAAUGCCACCGAAGAGAGGGGAUCAAGAACAAGAGGACCAAGGCAUGUUUUCCUUUGGCUUAAAAUGUCUUAAAUAAUCUGACAUUCUUCUGUUUUUUGAAUAUUAUUGAAAAUAUUACAGAAUAACGUUGGAUGUUAAAAUGUCAGAUUAAUUAAAAGCAUUUUCAUUAUCCCUUAUUUUUCAAAAAGAGUGUCCUCAAUUUUAAAGUAUAAAUUGCUUUAUUGUUAAAUGGAAGGGGGGGCUUUAUGCUGUCUUUUAGAUAUUGACUUUAUUGUCUCUACAUUGAGACAUUUAAGUUUCAUUCUCGAAUGCAGUACCCACCAUUUGAGAAAAGCAGCUACUGUUUCUGGAAAACUUUUGAAAACUACUGAUUGUAUAAACCACUCAUAGCCAUUUACUUACAAGAGAACAGUUUCACACGAUGCAACCAUCCGAUUUAAAAAAAAGAAUAAUGAGCUACUUUUCAAGUGGAUGUAAAGCAUUUAAGAAUGGACACUUUACUUUACUUGGUUGGUAGAUGGUAGAAGAAAUCCUGAUAAAUCUUCUCCCACACUUUUUUUCAUUAACAUUUAAUACUAUGCCUGUUUUUCAGGAGAGAAAUAGUUUAGAGAUUU